CGUUGGUCUCCAUUCGUGCAAUAAUAACAUAUGAACUCAAAAGCGUGAUUUGUGUUUUUUUACCGUCUAUUGAUUUUUCAAGAUGCAGCUCUUUAUUGCAUGCUGUGCUCUUUGUUUAGCAUUCACAAAUGGGCUCACAUUAAAUCCAGGCGAUAACUUGGCCACAGAAAUAGCAGGUGCCUUUGCAGGGGAUUCGAUAUAUCUGACCCCAGGGGAGUAUUUUUUAGACGAGCCGAUAGUUGUCGAUAGAGCCAUACGGUUAGAAGGAGAUGAUGCUGUUUUAAUUGUGCCCGAUGGCAAGUCGACCGUUUUGGCAUUUGGGGAUAUUGAUGGGUUCGACUCGUGGCUAGAAGGUAUUACGAUCAAGACGGUUACGGGGAAUGAGUGUGAAUUGGCAGAUCCUUAUCUGGAAGACCUGCGAUACAACAUGUCUGUGAUCUCGUCAACGAUCACAAAUGAUCAUCUAGACGUACUCGCAUCCGGCGGUAAGUGGCACAAACAAAGGCAACUGACAGAUGUGACUUUUAACAAUUGCAAAUACAGUGAAAACCAUCCUGAUAAAAUGAUUGGCGGUGUACACAAGCUGAUGGGCGAUUGUAGGUCAGUGGUGGGCUAUAGUGUGCCGGUAAAGAGCCUAUCUGAAUGUGGGACAACAUCGAGGAAGGUCGGUGCAUUCACCCAGUAUGCGGCACGAAUCGGGGCUACUUAUAACGAUCACAUCAAUAUGAAAAAUCCAGAUCAGGAAUUGCGUGCGACCGUGAAUCGUAUGGGUAGAGCUAAUCAAGCUACACUGAUCAUUCAUGACAAAGCUCGUAAUAUAAUGGCCUCGGGUGGUGGUGCCUAUUCUGAAGCGCAAUUAACAGUCUCGGUGAGUAGCAUGGAUAGCGGAUACUUCGACGGUUGGAACCGUUCUCUGGUCACUGCAGAAACUCGUGUGAAGUCUCCAUACACGAUAUUGGAUGGUGCAACAGGACCGGUUAUAGUUUUGAGUACAAAGCAGGACAAUGUUAUCGUAGGACAAUACACCGUCGAUCAGCAAUGCAAUAGAUUGAGGGGCACAGAGUGCAAGCAAACACUGCAAAUUGAGAUAACUGCAUGUGAUAUGUCUGGCGCGUAUUCUAUCUCAAAUAUCCCAAUGACGUGUCAAGACGAGAAAGAAGAAGGUGAGGUGAUCGAAUGCCCAAUUUUGAAACAAACAGGAUGGUCGUCCGAUAUACAGUUCUCGCUAAAUACUCACGACAGCUGUACAGAGAGUGCAGUGAUUACAGGCCCGCCCUUUGAAGUUGCCUACAAGUUUAGAUCAGAUUUCUUGUUCAGAAGUACUAGACCGUCCAGUGUUUAUGCAUUGGGUGAGAAGGCGUAUUGGUCCUUAAUGACUAGCGCCUCCGCACGCCCCGUUGAUUUAUUCAAUGCCGAAAUUAUAAAGGCAUCUCGUGCGUCUGAAGGAAAUUGCGCGGAUCAAUUCUAUGUCAUACCUCUUGAGCAUCUGAACCAGCGUUUUAGUCCGGAAGCGAGCGAAGUUCAGGUAUCGACCAUCAUCACGCCCCAAUUGGCCUGUGCAUCAAAGGGAGGAGCAAAAACCUCGUUCGUCGUGUCGCUGACUAUCCUGUUCGACUAUGACAUUGCUCUGCGAAGGCGUCGCAAUGUCAACGCGGAUAUCCGUCCACGAGGCCUAUUGGGCAAACGGGAAGUGGACGAACAAACGGUUGAGAUUGAAUUGAUCACCCAGUACACAGACGAAGAACUUGAGGCUGCCGCAAAUACUGCCGAGGGCGAUGGGAACAACACCAUGAUUGUCAUGGGUGCUGUAGCGGGGGGUGCGAUACUUGUACUAUGCUGUUGCUCCUGCUGCAUCGCUGCAGUGGCAGUGGUUGUCAUCCGCAGGAAGAAGCUGCAGGCAGCCGAAGAGAAGUCCAAGAUGGACAAAGAACUGACCAACUCGGGCGACCUAUCUACCAUGAGUUUUGCCACCACAGUGGGCACUUCGACGGCCAGUGUACGACCUAACGGUGGCUCGUUCCGCAGUCAAGGCUCGAUGACAGGCAUGAACAUGUCACGUGGCAACAGCGUUUUGGGCGGUGUGGGCGGCGGAUCUAGUAUGGUGGCGUCCAAUUUUAGUGUCAAUAGUUUUGGCCCUUCAGAUCCUGGCAGCGUCAGUAUACUCAGGGGAGCUGCCAGUAUGACUGGCUCGCCGAGACAGCCCCGUGCUAUACCCGGGUCACCCCGGAUAUCCGAUUCGCCGCAAGCUAAGCGGAAGACACCUAUGGUACAGUCACAAACCCCAACUAUGCAACGCAAACAAGGGUCUAUUCAGGGCAUGGAUAGCUUUAGAUCUAGCUCGAUGAAUGCCGGUAGAGCCUCUAGGCAAAAUUCGGUGAAGUAAAUAAUGCAAUUUAAAUUAGACUUUAACCAUUAAAAUACAAUAAAAAAAUAUGUUCUGUACGAAAACAAUACGAGAGCCGAAUAUGGCAAGCCUAUCCAAAACACGGAUAGUCUGAAAGUGCCUCAUUAGACACCGAG